AGUUCAAUCCAACUUGCCCCGUCUUGAGAUUCUUUACUUUGCCUUUUUUCUGCAUCUGACGUUUGUUUCUGGGUACUGUGCUAUUGGCAGGAGGGUUAAAACUUGAGAGUGUCGGUUAAGAGGAAAGAUUUCGAGUUUGGUCUCGUCCUACGGCCCUUGCCUCAGGCUUGAAACUCACCACUACACACAUCUGCCCUCCCUAACUGUCAACCCAUCAACACAAUCACCAACAACCACCAUCACCACAACUACUAGAUCAACAUGUCCGCACCCAACAGCCCAGAACAACAACGACUCGCCUCCCCGGCCAUCGAGGACGAUGAACCUGCCCGGGCCCCCACCCCCGACGCCGGCGCCGGUUCUGACAAUGACAACGACAAUGAGAACGCCAACAACGCGGCAACCGCCGAAGACGGCGGUAGCAGCAACGAUCAGUCCCCCGCUGCAAAAGCCGUUUCAGAGGAGCCCGAGCAAGUGAACGAUGAUGACGAGGAAGACAAAGCCAACGACUCGGACGACGAAUCGAUCCUCUCGGAGGUCGACGAGGCGCAGUUCGAGGACUUCGACCCGGAGAACGUCGACAUCGAGGACCGCCCGCAGCUGGCCAUCGACGAGGACAACCUGAAGCUGAUCGGACGGCAUAAGCGCAAGCGCGACGAGGGCGCCGACGGGGAGCGGUCGAAGCGCAAGCGCGAGGGCCGGCGUGAGAAGAAGAGUCGCCGCAUGCGCGAGCUGGAGGAUGGCGGUGCUAGUGAUGAGGAAGGCGGCGGUAGUGGGGGCAAGGCUGGCAGACGGCGGACGGGGGCGGGGUCGAAGAAGAAGGAGGUGCUGCCGGAGGAUGAUGAGACGUUGGAUCCGGCUACACGACGCAGAAGAGCGCUUGAUCGGGCUAUGGAUGAGGCGUUGAAGAAGCCGACCAAGAGACGAUUCCGCAAGGCGGAUGGAAUUGAUUUGGAACAAAUGGCCGAUGCGGAAAUCGAGGAUAUGCGCAAACGCAUGACCCAUGCUGCGCAGAUGGAUGCCAUCAACCGCCGCGAAGGCAAGCCUGCCAUGCACAAACUCAAGAUGCUCCCCGAGGUCGUCUCGCUGCUGAACCGCAACCAAUAUGUCAACAGUCUGGUGGAUCCGGAAAUCAACUUGCUGGAAGCUGUCAAGUUCUUCUUGGAGCCGCUGGACGACGGCUCGCUCCCCGCGUACAACAUCCAGCGCGACCUGAUGACGGCGCUGGGCAAGCUGCCGAUCAAUAAGGAGGCGUUGAUCGCCAGUGGUGUCGGCAAGGUGGUUGUGUUCUACACGCGCAGUAAGCGACCGGAGCCAGGCAUCAAGCGCAUGGCGGAGCGGUUACUUGCCGAGUGGACGCGCCCGAUUCUGCAGCGCAGCGACGAUUAUUCCAAGCGAGUGUACCAGGAGGCUGCUUUUGAUCCUACUCAAUUGGCAACCCGGCCCAAAUCGGCGCAAACGAGCGUGGCAGAGGCGCGCGCGCGCGAGAUGCUGCCCCCACGACUGGCAAAUCGGGCACGGGCCGACCUCACUCACACGAGUUACACGGUGGUGCCGCGACCGACGAUGGUGCAGGAGAGCAAGUUUGCGCGACCCCUGGGUGCCAGCGGCGAGGAUCGGUUCCGCAAGAUGCGGGCGCGACAGAUUGCGGCGGCCAAGGGAUCCCGGCGAUAAUGGAGUAUCUAUCUGUAUUAGCUGCAUAUUUCUGUUUCUUGCUUCGUAUUCGAAUUAUUUACGGAUGGGACGGCGCAGGAACUGGGAGUGAAUUGUAAUCAAUUUAAUUUUUAGGCUUACGGUGCGGGGAAGUAGGAGAAUAAAAAAUC